GUCAGCUGCGGGGAGGUAUAUAAGGGCCUGCGCGCCGCUCUUUGCCACACACUCCUUCGUGAGCUCUCGAGGAAGCAACACAACCAUGAACUUCUGCCUACUGAUCCUGAGCGUGGUGGUGGCAGCGGCGGCGGCGGCGCCCGGCUACGACAAGCCGAUCCCCAUCCUGAAGGACGACCGCUCCCAGAACGCCGCGGGCGAGUACACCUUCGACUUCGAGACCGGCAACGGCAUCGUGCGCAGCGAGGCGGGGCGCCAGGCCGACGGCCAGGAGUCCUCCGGCGCCUUCAGCUACACCAGCCCAGACGGCACCCCCGUGGCCAUCUCCUUCACCGCCGGCGCGGGAGGUUACCAGCCUGAGGGCGCGGUGCUGCCCGUGGCCCCGCCGCUGCCCUACGAGCGCUCCGACACCUUCGUGCACUAACGCCCACGCCUGCCCACGCCCACGCCCGCACAC